GGAAGUACCUCGGUCUCCAUUCAUGCUCCAUAUCAAAUAUCGAACUACUUUGAUUGUUGUUGAUUUCUUCGUUUUUCAGCGAUGCUUCCAGGAGCUGCAGUUUUCCACUUUCUCUGGGAAAUAAACUCUGGAGCCUUGAAGGAAGGUGAAUCGGUGAGAGUAUUUGGCAGACUCUCCUGCUAUCAACCUGAGGAGUCGAGGGCUACACUGUCAGCUCAGCAUGCUUCAAAAGAGCACCAGGUAGUUGUCCACACGCUGUAUGUGGAGCCCUUUGACCCAAUAAUUGGAGCUCAGUAUAUUGCUUUGGGUGAAAUAGAAAAUGCCGAAGAUGUCGGCGCGAUGGUUCGUGCUCGUGUGUUCAACUGUGUCGAUGGAGUUAACGUUGCCCUUUUACAGAAAGCCAUCAAUGAGCAAAGAGGCUUCUUCAGGGAGAGGGAACAGAAACAGGGUGAUGCUGCACAACUUCAACAUGUCACCUAACAUCUGCAGGUGAUAUGUUCAUUAAGUUUCCCAUGAUUCUCUGAGUAUCAGGAGAAAGGCACCGCCUCUGAAGCUGUUAGAUAAGCUGCACUAGAAUGGUCUUACUUAAGUCCCAUCUGCCUUUAAGACUGUUUAGUUACGUGUGCAUCACACCAGGAUUGUUAAGUUUGUUUGAAUAUUUCAUCAUAACAGCAUUCAAAGGUUUGACACAUUUUGAUGACUUUAUUUUUUUCCUGUUUAGGUCAUAAGCAAUGAACAUUUUGUUUGCUUUCAUGGCUUAUGACACAGAGUUUGAGUCAUUUUUUUAUUUUUUUAAAUGUUAAUGUGUGAUAUAAAAAAAUGCACUAAGGUAUCAAAGGCAUAAGAUGUAUUGUUGUAACCGCAAACACAUCAAAGGUCAUGCUUUUUUCUAAUUAAAAAAGAACUAUCAAA